UACUAGACAGCCCAGAAACAAAGCCCUUGGAGUUGGAGAACAGGAAAAGCGGAGAAAAUAAAAAGCAGAGGAAAAAGCAGAGCGAUCAGUACGACUACUCAGUAGAGCCGUGGUUUCAUAAUUGGGAAGAAAAUCGAAACCGGAAUUGGGAUAGAAAUGGAGGGGGUGAUGAGUUUGGUGAGAGCGGUAAUGUUCCAACCGCCGCCGUCGCUGCUGGUCGCGGCGAUGUCGGUGGUGGGAGUAGUGUCGCUGGGGAACGCCGGUGUGUCGGAGCUCCGAGGCAAGCACAUGAAGUACUCCAAGUUCUCCGACCAACCGUCCGCUUCUACUUCGACGGCGAAUUCGUCCUGGUCCUCCAUCCCCAGCAGAGCCGGGAUGCUUGUGGCCUACACACCGGCCUUCCUCGCCGCCUUUGCCUCCCUGCUCUUUCUCCAUCAUAACCAUGGCGGAAACGGGGCUUCAUCUUCCAGGCUCCUCCUCGUUGAGUCCGCCCUCGCCUUGCAUUUCUUCAAAAGGGUACUCGAGACACUGUUCGUACACAAGUUCAGUGGUACAGUGGCCGCCGGAACAGCGAUUCCGAUCAGUCUAAGCUACUUCACCGUUACAGCCCUCACAAUCUACACCCAGCUUUUGACGCAGGAGGCUCUGCUCCCAGAUCCAGCGGUGGAUUUGAAGCUCUAUGGAAUCGUGCUCUUCCUCGUUGGAAUCACAGGCAAUUUCUACCACCGUUACUUGCUCUCCAAGCUGAGAUCGUCCGGCGAUGACGGCAAGAAGAAAGAGUACAAGAUCCCCAAGGGUGGGAUGUUUGAGCUGGUGAUUUGCCCUCAUUAUCUGUUUGAGAUCCUGGGUUUCUACGGUAUCGCCCUCAUCUCGCAGACCAUCUAUUCCUUCUGCGUCGCAGUCGGGACAAGUCUCUACCUGAUGGGAAGGAGCAAAGCAACCAGAGAGUGGUACCUCUCCAAGUUCGAUGAUUUCCCUCCUCAUGUCAAGUGUAUCAUCCCCUUUGUUUUCUAGACUAUCAAUCAGUAUGAUGAGAGUUAACCGAGGGACGGAGGCAGGGAGACUCGCCAUGUAAUAGUAAUGUGUCCGGUUUCUGUCACAUUAUUAUUGUCUAAUGCACACUGUAAUUUACAUUUGGUCCUGCAUUGCAGCUUAUUACAUGGCGUGAAAGCAAAAGUCAGAAACUCACAACAUGAUCCCUCUUGCUGUAU